AUGAAUGUUCAACAAACUCGACGUAUACCAAACGCGAACGGACAAGUUUUAAUCGAAAACUGGGUCGAGGAACGAGCCACAGAACAUUUAGAUCAUCGUAUCCAACAGCAAAAUAACACACAGCAGCGAAGUUCACCGCCAAAUGUUAAAAAAACUUCUCAUACUGCUAUAUUGACUCCGCAGUAUACAUCACCGCUUGAUGAUCUUACAGUAUAUCGUGAUAGUUACUAUAAAUUUGGUCCAUUCGAUCAGAAAGAGCAAGGAGUUCGACGUAAACUUCUCGAACGUUCCUUAACCAAGCAAGUUGCUGCGGAAUUCAAUGCGCGUCAAAGCGAAAGUGAAGAACUGCUUCGAUUCCAACGUGUCAACGAUUCAUCAAGUGAAUAUCAAACACAGUACACCAAACAAUUCGAAUCGAAACCACCACCAACGACACAGGCUCAUGACCUUCUACAUGAAAUGCCGGUAUCAUUUUGGACUGAACAUCGACAUGCAACACAUGGUGUCACACAAUUAAAAACAUUGAAUAGUCCAUUUCAUCGUAAUGCAAGUUUUAGUACACCUGUUGAAUUAACACAUGAAGGAGCACGUCCUCACGAAAUGGAACAAUGGCCAAACUAUUCUCAAAAAACACUUAACGAUGCUAAAAUUUGCUAA